AUGAAUGUUAAACCAAUUUCUAAAUGUAAAUAUGUUAGUGAUGAUGAUGAUGAUGAUGAUGAUGAUGAUGAUGAUGAUGAUGAUGAUGAUGAUGAUGAUGAUGAUGAUGAUGAUGAUGAUGAUGAUGAUGAUGAUGAUGAUGAUGAUGAUGAUGAUGAUGAUGAUGAUGAUGAUGAUGAUGAUGAUGAUGAUGAUGAUGAUGAUGAUGAUGAUGAUGAUGAUGAUGAUGAUGAUGAUGAUGAUGAUGAUGAUGAUGAUGAUGAUGAUGAUGAUGAUGAGGAUGAUGAUGAUGAUGAUGAUGAUGAUGAUGAUGAUGAUGAUGAUGAUGAUGAUGAUGAUGAUGAUGAUGAUGAUGAUGAUGAUGAUGAUGAUGAUGAUGAUGAUGAUGAUGAUGAUGAUGAUGAUGAUGAUGAUGAUGAUGAUGAUGAUGAUGAUGAUGAUGAUGAUGAUGAUGAUGAUGAUGAUGAUGAUGAUGAUGAUGAUGAUGAUGAUGAUGAUGAUGAUGAUGAUGAUGAUGAUGAUGAUGAUGAUGAUGAUGAUGAUGAUGAUGAUGAUGAUGAUGAUGAUGAUGAUGAUGAUGAUGAUGAUGAUGAUGAUGAUGAUGAUGAUGAUGAUGAUGAUGAUGAUGAUGAUGAUGAUGAUGAUGAUGAUGAUGAUGAUGAUGAUGAUGAUGAUGAUGAUGAUGAUGAUGAUGAUGAUGAUGAUGAUGAUGAUGAUGAUGAUGAUGAUGAUGAUGAUGAUGAUGAUGAUGAUGAUGAUGAUGAUGAUGAUGAUGAUGAUGAUGAUGAUGAUGAUGAUGAUGAUGAUGAUGAUGAUGAUGAUGAUGAUGAUGAUGAUGAUGAUGAUGAUGAUGAUGAUGAUGAUGAUGAUGAUGAUGAUGAUGAUGAUGAUGAUGAUGAUGAUGAUGAUGAUGAUGAUGAUGAUGAUGAUGAUGAUGAUGAUGAUGAUGAUGAUGAUGAUGAUGAUGAUGAUGAUGAUGAUGAUGAUGAUGAUGAUGAUGAUGAUGAUGAUGAUGAUGAAUUAAGUUUAAUCCCAAAGUAA